CAUUAGCAAUUCACUUCAACUUGUGACAUUACCGGUGAUACAUCAAGUGGUGUGUUUAGUCUGUUUAUACUAUAAGUUACUAGUCAUAGUUACUUUCCGUUUACAAUGGACAUGGAAAUCUGCCAGAGCUGUGAUAGAGAUUGGGAGGCCCACAAAAACAAGAUUAUUGUAAGUGGGAUCUUAUAUUAUUCAAAUCUAUUUGUGAAAAUGAGGCAUGUUUUUUCUGUGAUAAAUAAAUUAAUUUAUUAUGUUAUUCAUCACAGCUGAAAUCAAUAAUUAUUAUUACAUUGCAAACACCUUUGCCGCUAACCACAUUGACUUAUCAGUUAUCUGGUGUAGAUGUUUUCUUGUAGCCUAUUGAAGCUUCUCGCUUGUGACAAUGAUAAGAAUAAGAAAUUAACUACGCGUAAUCUCCAUGAUUUAUCACUUAGUUUGAUACAAUCUAGUCUCUUAUUUCACAAUGCAAUUAUACGAUUGCUGGUGACCCCAAAUUCGACAGUUGCCCGAAUGCGAUGGACCGCGAGCAGUUGCAGCAGUACCCCUGUCCGGAAGCAGUGCUCGAACUGGGUCCCCUUUGCCCAGUCACCUGCGAUCUCCUCACGGCCUGCAUGGCUCACCCCGAACAGGUGUCGGCCGAGGGCCGCCGCUUCGCCGCCAAGUUCGUCUUCCAAAGAGCCAUGGAGACUGUUCUCAACGUUGAUGUGGCAGUCGAGGUGGCCACCACAGUCAUGGCAAAAGAGGAGAACGACCCAGUCUUCACAACGAGACUGACCAGUUGCUUGGAUCUUACCUACGUCGAACGCGAGAACCUCAUACCUAUGAAACACAUCAACGUCACACAUUUCCUCAAGCGACUCUACACUGUUCUCAAAAAUCGAAAAGUAUCCGUCAGAAUCUUCAACACCGAACUACCAACCUAUUUUCUGAACUGUAUGCUGACAUGGUGUCAUAGUUGCUUUGAGAAGCCCAAUCUCUAUUCAGUAUCAGCAAUGGACGCAUUUCAUGGUAUAAUUAAUAGAAACACGGCAUUAGUCAUGCGCAAGAAGUUCCCACGUAGAACAACACGACUGAGAGGAUGUAUUGCGAAAGCAGUCUCUCGAGGCCCUCUACAGAAAGGAGUCCGACUUCUUAUGUGGGAGAUCCUACAAUUUUUCCCCAGGGAUGACUAAAAUAGAAAGAAACUUCGAAUGAAGAUAUUUUCUUGGAAUUCAGAACUAGUUUUUGAACUUAUCAGUACUAUUAAUUAAGCUUUAUGAUACCGGUAAUUUGAGGUUUAACUGUAAUUUAAAUACCAAAUAAUGAAUUAUUGUCUAGGAUGAACAAUUUUCCUAUUAAUUAUCAUCUCAAUAAGAAAUUAGAAUUGACAAAAUUAUAAUAAUUCACUAUUCUCCCAGAAGACUGAAAAAUGGGAUUCCCAAAAAUUAAAACUGAGCUUUCCCAAAGAUAAAUUUAUUUUUAAAUAUAGACUAAUUAUUAUAGAAUACAUUUUGUUUAAAAUAUAUACGGUAGCUUUGUUCUUAUGUAAUUUGAUCUCAGAAUACUCAAACCGCUCGCUGUUUAUUAGUUUAGUCCAUUAAGAAAAAUGUGAAUUUAUUGUUAGUAAUAUCAUCAAGAUUUAAUCAUUUGAUUUUGUUCUAGUGCUCAACUUGUGAAUUGUUUUCUAUUUCCACUAUAAAAUAAGCCAAACAAAAAGGACUAGGUAACUUUCAAGUUUUGGAAGAUGUAUUUGAACCUGCAGUCAUAAUAGUCUAGUCUUGUGUUAUUUAUUCCUAUCUUACUAGUCUUGAGUUAUCUACAGUUCAGACUAAGCAACAGGGAUUAUUGAGUAACUUUAUCCUUGGUAAUUAUUUCCCACGUAAUUGUGUAAUUUUAUCAACGAGAUAGUCAAAAUAAUUAAAUUACUACUUACAGCAUUAGGUAUAUUAUAGGCUAAUUCUUAUUUGACGAGCAAUAUUCUGUGAAAAUUAAUUUUAAUAUUGAUUGAUCUCUCUAUAAAAUAGCCAUAUCAUAAUGGUUCUCUGUAGAUGAUGAUAAUGUAACUAGAAUCUGUACAUAUUGUAAAUAAAUAUUCUAUUUAGAAAUACACAGUGUACGAUUAAUGCUUGAGUUUUUGAAUCCUCAAAUCAAUAUUUUGUCAAGUUCUAGACUAAUUGAGUUAUAAAAAAUGUAAUUAAUAUUAAAACCAUGGUUAAUGAAGAAUAUUAAGCGAAUUAUAUGUAACAGUACAACAUAGAGAACAAUAGUAAUUAAUUUGUUUUCUCAACAUUCAAUUUUUUAUAUUAGCUUGAUUGUUGAUCAAUUUGGUAACUAUGAGCCAAAUUGGUUUUAAUCAUGAGCAGAAUCCUAUUACGAUACUAUAAUUUCAAGUAUCCUACUACGAAAAUGAGACUUCAUUCAUUCAAUUUAAUCAUGAAAUGGGAUCUUGAAAGGCAAGUGGUUCAUGAAAAGUAAUAAAUUUUCAUCACUUGAUUUGAUUGAUGAGAAGCAAAUUAUGUUCUUUUUUACUAUCAGUCAUCUUCAAUUCACUAUCUUGAUCUUACAAGACAAUGAGGAGCUAAGUCUACAUAUAGCAAUAAAUAUUACAUUAUCAUUAUUCCACAUUAUUAUUCACGGACAUGGUUCAGCA